GAAUGGCUUGGAUUAGAAUGGAGCUGGUAAAAAUUUGAUAAUUUUGCAAAUAUUUCGUUUUUAUGCAAAUUUUAGCAUGUAAAAUUGAUUUUAUUAAUUCUUAAUUCAUUUUAAUUAUCAAGAAGGUCAAAUCAAUCUUCGCCUUUAAUAAUUACUACCAUUUUUGGAUUUUAUUUUCUGUCAAUAAUAUCCAUGAUUUUUAUGGUCAAAAAUAUUGAUCCUUCAUUUGAGAUAAACCAUAGUGCCGUUUGUUUUGGCUCUCUUCUCACUCUUGUUGGAGAAAUUGUGGACAUUUUCGCAAACAGAUUUUAAUUUUGCUGGACACGGUUCAGCUCCGUGGCGUGUAAUUUGUUAAGAAAGUUUAGAAAUAGUUAAGUUAUUUAAAUGCGUAGGAAAUGUGCGUAAAGUGUGAUUAAGAUUAGCAUCUAUUUUGUCCCGUAAAGUGAAAAAAUGUGUGUGAAGGUGGACGGCGAAAUUGGCGAUGGUGAAGCGGAGUGGCAGGAAAUAAAUUAUCCCGGACAAAUAAUGAAGCAUCGGAUGCCAGCGCCAAUCAAUACGCAUCGCCGAGGACUACUGACAAUUUCGCCUGGGACCACAGGAGCGGAAGGAAUCAUUUUCCGGUUGGAGGAGCAGCUAAAGUUGCCGGGAAUGCUGGCGACCAGGGUGCAGUUGGAUUGCACAAAAAUGCAGCAAAAAUUUUGUCUUCCAUCGGACGCCGUCAGCACCAAGCACCGGUAUUCCAAGGAAGCCCGUCCUUGUGGAGGAAGGAAGACGUACGAGGGGCGAGAGGGAAGGCGAACGGGCAAGCGCGCGCGGCUGAAGCGGACCGAAGGAAGGAUGGAUUGAUCGGCACGUACGAGGCGCGGAUCAGCUGGCGGUAGCCAAGCGGGAGGGGUCAAAGCAUGUGUGAGCAAAUUGGUGAGUAAUAAAGGAAGAGAGUUGAGAGAGAAUUUUUCGUGUUCUCAUUUUUUACGAUCCGAAAGGGUGGGGGUAAAAUGAUGAGAUUCAUUUUGAAUGUUGCAUGACACCCCACGCGACGCGUCGCAUGAACCUCAUCCACCGUGCUGCUGUUGCUGGCAUAAUGAUGAGAAAUUGGAUGAAGUUGCUCCCAUACAAAAGUUCAUGCGACAUCGGCGAUUUUGCUGCCUGGGGA